CUAGACUUGUCAAUAACAAGAUAAAAGAAAGAAAAAAAAUCAAUAAUAAUAUAUCGAUCGAGGAAGGAAAAAUGAUAGAGGAGAUUGAGGAAGUGAGCAGUUGCGAAGCACUGCCUCUUCUUUCACUAAAUCAUGUGUCCUUGUUAGUGAGAAAUGUCUGGAAUUCUGUCCGCUUCUAUGAAGAUGUCUUGGGUUUUUGCCUUGUGAAACGCCCUUCUUCUUUCAACUUCCAUGGAGCCUGGUUGUACAACUAUGGAGUGGGGAUUCACUUGCUUGAGAACAAAGGUAUGGAGGAUUACGAUGAACCUCGACCCAUUAAUCCCAAGGAUAACCACAUUUCCUUCCAGAGUAGUGAUGUUGUGGUGGUGAAGAGGAGGUUGGAGGAAAUGGGAAUGCGAUACGCAACUGCACUUGUGGAGGAAGAAGGAAUAAAGGUGAAUCAAGUGUUUUUCCAUGAUCCUGAUGGCUAUAUGAUUGAAGUUUGCAACUGUGACAAUCUUCCAGUUCUGCCCAUCUCUUCAAGCUGCUCAGUCAAGCCCCACAGCUAUUAUAACAAAAUGAUUGCUACAAAUCAUGGAUGUGGUUUCAUGGAGAAUGAGAUGCUGGAGAACUUAAGCAUGAACAUGCUCAACUUUUCCUUCUAAACAUGAAUGAAUGAAUACUAGUGUGCAAUGUGUGUGUGAUUGGAAGUUGUUUAUCAUUUGUUUUAUUAAGUGGCUUUUCAUAUCUCUUAAGUUUGUCUCGACACUUGAUGUAAUCUUAUUUUCAAACAAGUUAAAGCUUGAAUAAUUGAUGUAAUUUUAUUUUCAAACUAUAUAUAGUUUGUAUAUUUACUU